CCUCUCCCCGCAGAGCUCUACUUCCUCAUCGCUCGCUUUUUGGAGGACGGACCAUGCCAGCAAGCGGCUCAGGUCCUGAUCCGAGAAGUGGCGGAGAAAGAGCUGCUGCCCAAGCGCACGGACUGGACGGGCAAGGAGCAUCCCCGGAGCUACGAGAACCUGGUGAAAUACUACAGACACUUGGCACCUGAUCACUUGCUUCAAAUAUGCCAUCGACUUGGACCACUUCUAGAGCAAGAAAUUCCACAAAGUGUCCCUGGAGUGCAGACAUUAUUAGGGGCUGGCCGACAGUCUUUGCUUCGUACAAACAAAAGUUGCAAACAUGUUGUAUGGAAGGGAUCUGCUCUUGCUGCAUUACAUUGUGGAAGGCCUCCAGAGUCCCCUGUAAAUUAUGGCAGUCCACCUAGUAUAGUGGAUACCCUGUUUUCAAGAAAACUAAAUGGAAAAUAUAGACUUGAACGCCUUGUUCCAACUGCUGUCUAUCAACAUAUGAAGAUGCACAAGCGAAUCUUAGGACACUUAUCUUCUGUAUACUGUGUAACUUUUGAUCGGACUGGCAGGCGAAUAUUUACUGGAUCAGAUGAUUGCCUUGUAAAAAUCUGGGCAACUGAUGAUGGAAGGUUGUUGGCCACCCUGAGAGGGCAUGCAGCUGAAAUAUCUGAUAUGGCAGUAAACUAUGAAAACACCAUGAUAGCUGCUGGAAGCUGCGAUAAAAUGAUCCGAGUUUGGUGCCUUCGAACUUGUGCACCCUUAGCAGUCCUGCAGGGCCACAGUGCAUCUAUAACAUCAUUGCAGUUCUCUCCACUAUGCAGUGGCUCAAAGAGAUAUUUAUCUUCAACCGGGGCAGAUGGAACUAUAUGCUUUUGGCUGUGGGAUGCUGGCACCCUUAAAAUAAAUCCAAGGCCAACGAAGUUUACAGAACGUCCUCGGCCUGGAGUCCAAAUGAUCUGUUCUUCUUUUAGUGCUGGUGGAAUGUUUUUGGCCACUGGGAGUACAGAUCACAUCAUUAGGGUUUAUUUCUUUGGAUCAGGUCAGCCAGAGAAGAUAUCAGAGUUGGAGUUUCAUACUGACAAAGUUGACAGCAUUCAGUUUUCCAAUAGUAGUAGCAGAUUUGUGAGUGGAAGCCGUGAUGGAACAGCACGAAUCUGGCAAUUUAAGCGAAGAGAAUGGAAAAGUAUUUUGUUAGAUAUGGCUACUCGCCCAGCAGGACAAAGUUUUCAAGGAGUGGAAGAUAAAAUCACAAAGCUGAAAGUGACCAUGGUGGCAUGGGACCGCCAUGACAACUCUGUUAUAACUGCAGUUAAUAAUAUGACUCUGAAAGUCUGGAAUUCUUUCACUGGCCAGCUCAUUCACAUUCUCAUGGGACAUGAAGAUGAAGUGUUUGUGCUUGAACCUCAUCCAUUUGAUCCAAGAGUUCUCUUCUCUGCUGGACAUGAUGGAAAUGUCAUAGUUUGGGAUUUGGCAAGAGGGGUCAAAAUCCGGUCUUACUUCAACAUGAUUGAAGGACAAGGACAUGGUGCAGUUUUUGACUGCAAGUGCUCUCCUGAUGGACAGCAUUUUGCAUGUACUGACUCUCACGGUCACCUUCUGAUUUUUGGCUUUGGUUCCAGUAGCAAAUAUGACAAGAUAGCAGAUCAGAUGUUCUUUCAUAGUGAUUAUCGGCCCCUUAUCCGUGAUGCCAACAACUUUGUCCUGGACGAACAGACACAGCAGGCUCCACACCUUAUGCCUCCCCCAUUUUUGGUUGAUGUGGAUGGCAACCCUCAUCCUGCAAGGUAUCAAAGACUAGUUCCUGGUCGUGAGAACUGCAGGGAGGAACAGCUUAUUCCUCAGAUGGGAGUGACAUCUUCAGGAUUGAAUCAAGUUCUUAGUCAGCAAGUAAAUCAAGAAAUUAGUCCGUUGGAUAGCAUGAUUCAAAGACUUCAGCAAGAGCAGGACCAGAGACGUUCUGGGGAGGCAGGAACCAGUAGUACCAGCCGGAUAAGCAGAGGAUCUGUAAGCUCUACCUCAGAAGUACAUUCCCCACCAAAUAUAGGGUUAAGGCGCAGUGGACAAAUCGAAGGUGUGCGUCAGAUGCACAGCAAUGCACCAAGAAGUGAAAUAGCCACUGAGCGGGACCUUGUGGCUUGGAGUCGCAGGGUUGUAGUGCCUGAACUGUCUUCUGGUGUGGCCAGUAGGCAGGAAGAAUGGAGAACAGCAAAGGGAGAAGAAGAAAUAAGAGUGUAUCGAUCAGAAGAGAAAAGAAAGCAUGUAAUUAGUCACAUUCCAAGAGAAAACAAAAUACCUACUUUCUCUAAGAACCAUUCUCAUGAUAAUUUACUAGAUGCUAGUGACUCAAAGAAACAAGCAGCUAAUCAGCACAACUACCGCACGAGAUAUGCUGCAGAAGAAACUGCAAGGCCUGCUGAAGAGUUGGAAAAUGGACACAGUUCUUCAGAUGAAGGGGAAGUAGUUGUUGCCAGUGGUGGAACAUCAGAAGAUGACGAAAGAGCAUGGCAUAGUGACGGCAGUUCUAGCGACUAUUCUAGUGAUUAUUCUGACUGGACGGCAGAUGCAGGAAUCAAUUUACAACCACCAAAGAAAAUUCCUAAAAUUAAAACAAAAAAAGCAGAAAGUAGUUCAGAGGAUGAAGAAGGACCUGAAAAACAAAGGAAGCAAAUAAAAAAGGAAAGGAAAAAGGGUAUUGAGGAGAAAGAUGGUCCAUCAACAUCACCAAAGAAGAGGAAACCCAAAGAGAGAAAACAAAAGAGGCUAGCUGUGGGAGUUCUGGCAGAAAAUGGUUUGACACUGGAAGAAUGGCUGCCUUCAGCAUGGAUUACAGACACUGUUCCUCGGAGGUGCCCAUUUGUCCCACAGAUGGGGGAUGAGGUUUACUAUUUCCGACAAGGUCAUGAAGCAUAUGUUGUAAUGGCUAAGAAGAACAAAAUAUAUAAUAUUAAUCCCAAGAAACAACCAUGGCAUAAAAUGGAAUUGCGGGAGCAAGAGCUGAUGAAAAUAGUUGGGAUUAAGUAUGAAGUGGGAUUGCCUACUCUCUGCUGUCUUAAACUAGCUUUUCUUGACCCUGAUACGGGUAAACUGACUGGAGGAGCCUUCACCAUGAAGUACCAUGAUAUGCCAGAUGUCAUAGAUUUCCUGGUUCUGAGACAACAAUUUGAUGAUGCAAAGCAUAGGCGAUGGAAUAUAGGUGAUCGUUUCAGAUCGGUGAUAGAUGAUGCUUGGUGGUUUGGAACAAUUGAAAGCCAGGAACCUCUUCAGCCUGAUUAUCCUGAUAGCUUAUUUCAGUGCUACAAUGUCUGCUGGGACAAUGGUGAUACUGAGAAGAUGAGCCCUUGGGACAUGGAGCUGAUACCAAGUAAUGCUGUAUUUCCAGAAGAACUGGGAACUAGUGUUCCUUUAACUGACGAUGAACGUAGAACGCUGCUCUACAAACCUUUGGAUGGAGAGUGGGGAUCCAGGACCCGAGAGGAGGAGUGUGACAGAAUUAUUGCAGGGAUAAACCAACUAAUGACUCUAGAUAUUGCUUCUGCAUUUGUGGCACCAGUGGAUCUUCAAGCUUACCCAAUGUAUUGCACUGUUGUGGCAUAUCCCACAGACCUCAGUACCAUUAAGCAAAGACUGGAAAGCAGAUUUUACAGGCGCCUUUCUUCGUUAAUGUGGGAAGUGCGGUACAUCGAACACAAUACUCGCACCUUUAAUGAACCCGGAAGUCCUAUUGUGAAAGCUGCCAAAUUUGUCACAGAUCUUCUGCUGCACUUCAUAAAAGACCAGAGCUGCUAUGAUAUAAUUCCAUUAUACAAUGCAAUGAAGAAGAAAGUGUUGUCUGACUCUGAUGAGGAAGAAGAGAAAGACACAAAUGUGCCGGGGACUUCCACUAGAAAAAGAAAGGAUCAUCAGCCGAAGCGGAGGCUGCGUAAUAGGGCUCAGUCAUAUGAUAUUCAGUCAUGGAAGAAGCAAUGCCAGGAGCUGCUGAAUCUCAUUUUUCAGUGUGAAGACUCCGAACCGUUUCGACAACCAGUGGAUCUUCUUGAGUAUCCAGAUUAUAGGGAUAUUAUUGACACUCCUAUGGACUUUGCGACUGUUAGAGAAACACUGGAAGCUGGCAACUAUGAGUCACCAAUGGAGUUAUGUAAAGAUGUGAGACUUAUUUUCAGCAAUUCUAAGGCCUAUACACCAAGUAAAAGAUCAAGGAUCUACAGCAUGAGCUUGCGCCUUUCUGCUUUCUUUGAAGAACACAUAAGUUCCAUUUUAUCAGAUUAUAAAUCUGCCCUACGCUUUCAUAAAAGAAAUACAAUAAAGAAACGAAGGAAAAAAAGAAGUAGAAGCAGCUCAGUUUCCAGUAGUGUUGCAUCCAGCCCUGAAAGGAAGAGGAGAUUAAUAAAACCUCAGCUGAAGGCAGAAACUUCUGCCACUUCAUCAUCUUCUGCACCUGCACGGUCAACAGCACUGAGACACACUCCGCCUCAGAUGAAUGGGAAAGCUGCUGAGGCCUCCUCCCUUGUGCGGACUCGAAGCAAUAGGGGGACAACAGAUGUGGCUGUUACAGAGCAACCUUCUACUUCUUCAGGAGCAAAGCCUUUAACUAUAAAGCCUUUAAUUACAAAACCUAAUACUACUGCAGGGUCAGGAAAGUCAGUACUGGAGAAUUCAACCAAACAUUCCAAGAACCAGAAUAUUGUAUCAAACCCUACCCCAUCUGAUUACAGUCAUAACACUAGGAAUAACUCCACGAGAGAAAAUCCAGAGAAAGAGAAGCAAAUCAAGCGCAAAGUAAAAUCUUCCACUGUUAAUCCACAAGCAGAUUGCAAGAAUAAUGCUUUGGCAUCAGGAAGCAUUCAGGUAAAUGGACAUGGAGGACAGCCUUUGAAACCUCCAGUUAAAAGAGGUCCUGGACGGAAACCCAAGGUGGAGACUAAUAACAGUAGCUGUGAAGUGGUGGUGCACAAGAAAAGAGGGAGGAAACCAAAAAAGCUACAAAUUGUUGAACAGCAGAAGGUUGCAGAGCAGAAUACAAUCCAGACCACAAGGGAUGUACCAGAGGAAGCCUCUGUUUCUACUGCAUGCAAUUCUCUUUCUGAAAAUAAUGUGAAGGAAGACUUGUUACAAAAAAAAGGCCGAGGGGGUAGAAAGCCAAAAAGGAAGAUCAAGAGCCGCCAGCCAGGCUCAGACCUCUUAGUUCCUGCAAAUGUUAAAAUGCAAACAAGAAGCAGGAGGAAAAAGACACAUGAGCCUAUGGAGGAGAGUUCUGAAGAGCUUAAAGAUUCUGAACCUCACAUGAGAACUAGAAACCAGGGUAGGAGGACAGCCUUUUACAAUGAAGAUGACUCUGAGGAAGAGCAAAGGCAGCUAUUGUUUGAAGACACCUCCUUAACUUUUGGAACUUCAAGCAGAGGCAGAGUCCGAAAGUUGACUGAAAAAGCAAAAGCUAAUUUAAUUGGUUGGUAAUUCAAGGGUUUUACUGCAGAAUGCUAUGAAGCAGGUACAGUUAAGGAACAGCAGAACAGACUUCUGCUUCCCUGCUGCUAUUAUGGGUUAGAAGAGUAUGUUCUGAUUUGGGGAGAAAAAUUUAGCAAAAUGAUAAACUGAAAGAAGAUUCUUUGAAAGAAAUAUAUAUUUUAAACUUUUGCUAUUUAUUGCCCUCCAAAUAGGUUAUACAUUUCAACAGUCAUUUUGUUCACAGUUGAGAAUAAUUGAAGCAAUUUCUGACUGACGUACAGAGUUCAGAGCUACUCUGCUCAAGUAGUAUGUAAUAUGUCUACACAAUUGAAAAAAGGUAAUAGAACUUUUAAUUGCCACAAAUUGAAAACAGAAAUCUAUUUUUGACCAAGCAAGGUACACUUUGAUUGUAAAGUCAAGUCGCCUAGGAAGGUAGACUUUGGCAAAAAGUGGCAGUAAAUUCACUUGCAUUUCUAUUAAAUAAUACAAUACCAAACUUUGCUAAUCUGAAAAUGUUUAAUUUCAGUUGUGAUGGAACGUUCAGCUGCAAAAGAAGCCUAGCAUAGGCCAUUGUUUAUCCAAGUUCUGCCAAACAUAGCAAAAAUGUAAUCACAAAUAUAUAUAUCCACAUUGGAAAAAGUUUGACUAACGUCUAAUUUUUCAGACCUUGAUUCUUGUAUCAAUCACUAAAUCUCUGUUUAUUGUGCCAAAGACUGAGAAUCAGUGCAGUGGAAAACCUUUUUUUCUUUUUGAGUGUCAGUACAGCAUACCAUUUGCAGUGAUAAAAGCUGUGUCUUGUUUUAAAUAGUAAGUUGUUAACAUUGUUCUGAAAUGUAUCCUCUUUGGUACUUCUGGUAGAAAAUAAUGCACUGGUGGGGUCCUUUGACAGAGAUGUUUUAGUCUAAAUGUAUAAUUGGUUAAAGGAUUCAAGGAAAUUACAGGACAGGUAUGAAAUUAUGAUGUUUACUUUCUGAUCCAGAUUGAUUGUUGUUUCUACAACUUUAGACAUGCUUAAGAGGCUGAAAUGACCUACAAAGAAUAGUGUAUGUGUAUAUAUUAAUAUAUACAUAAACACAUAUGUCUAAAAUAUUACCCAGGUAUAAAUUUUUUUCAGGAUUUUUUAGAUAGCACUAGAAUUGAAAAUUUUAAAAUGUCAUACUUUAUAGUUUAAUUUUAAGGGGAAGAUUGGUUAUUUUCAAUUAUUAGGGUUAAAAGGCCAAAUCACUUUUUAUGCAAUCAUGUUUUAUACAGUGGUCUCAUUGCACAUUGUGUUUUUCUGCACUUUUUACGGUAUAUCACGCUGACAUAUGUCAAUAUACACCCUAAAGAAAAAUUCCAUUUAAUGAUUGUGCCUUGUAUUCUAUUAUUUCUUGCAUCCUUACUAAAAUUAAGUUGUCUAUUGUAAAUGAUAACUAUAUGACUUAGGGGAAUGUAUUGUUAUAUGUACUGCUCUGGAAAAGAAAAGCAGUUAUUUAUUUGUUUAUGGUACAUUUAGUUAUUUUAUACCUUUACAAACAAACCUUAAUACCAUUUUCUAUCACUUAAAGUAUUGUCCAGUUUCAAUGAAAAAAAAAUACAUAAGUAGUGGUAUUUACUGAGAUCUGGUAUGGUACAAAAAUGUAACCAAAAUUUUCUGGUAAUACUUUUUUUUUUUGCUUUUACAUGUCAUCUGUGAUGUCUGGAAGGGAGGACAUGCAGAAUUAAGAUCUUAAAUUUGCACACUAUUUGUAUAUGUAUUUGAGGCCUGAUUCUUCACUCUUUAUUUUCUUACCAAAAAACCCUAAAAGUUUGAACAAAGAAUAUUGGUAUUUGCCACCAAGAGUAAUGGAAAUAUGCUACUGUGGAUAGCAGAUUAGUAUCCACCAUACCUAGUUUUAGAUAGUUCAUUUUGCUACGAAAAAUGGCUGAGAUAUUUUCCAGAUCCUCUUUGAAUUGUUAUGGAUUUGAAUUUCGGGGCCAGAAAUUAGUUUGCAUUUGAUUUGUUGGCAUAUUUAUUUUUUCUAACAAGUAUUUCUUUAUCAUCCGAUUAAAAUAGAGUCACUAAAUGUGGCAAGAUAACAAGCUACAUUCGUACAGUUGCAAUACAGCUUCACAAUUCAAAACUGAUUGAUUCUACUUGUUAAUUUUGUCAGAUUUCACUGAUGAAGGCAAUCAUUUGAAAAUGUGUAAUUUCCUGAUGUUAUCUGCAUUGUAAUAUAUAAAAUAGAUUAUAUCUAAAAUUCAUCUUCUGUAUUUAGUCCGUUUGUAAUAAUGUUUUAUAUGGCAUGUUUAUGUAUAUAUUUAUAUAUCAGAAAUACCUUGUGUGUAAGUUUUGGAGACUGAAAUAAUCUGCGUUCCCUUAACAGUAGGUAGAAGAUUGUACAUCUUAAUUUUAUGAGAAUAGAAGGCCUUACCUGCAGAACAUGGGUACUGCUUCCCACCCAGUAAUAUCGGUGACUUUAGCCAGUAAGUUUUUGAUUCUUAUUAGACACAUUAAUGUUUUUCCUUUAAAAAUAAACUGUGGAUAGUUUGGUUCAAUUUUUUUAUACAAGCAAUGCUAGAAAUUUAUUAGAAAUUAAUACCAGAUUUAUUUAAAAGUAAUAUUUUUUUAAAUUUAAUUUCACUAGGUUGCAAACUUUAUUUAUGAAGCUUUAGUCGCCAUCAGACUAUUUUGGUUGGGGAAAAAUUUCUUUUUUGAGGUGGUUGUGUGAUACUGUAUCAAUACAGAAAAAGAGCUUUUGAUUACAGAGUCUUAGGUUUUUAAAUGUGAGCAAUAAACUAUUGGUCAGUGUUCUGAAAUAAUUUAAGAACUAUAGCUAUAUGCAUGUUUUAUAAUGCCAUCUCAAGUACUUAACACCUGGUUCAGAAAAUGGAGUAUUGAAACCUCAUGUGCUUGUUUUACAUUUGUAUUGUAAAUAACAUAGCUUCAUAGUCACAUACAUGCAAAUGAUCUGGCAG